CGCGGCACUUGCUAGGCAGUGAAGGGUUGUCCUCCACGGAGACAGGGAGCAGCUGUACAAGAUGGCGACUCUAGCUAUGGUGCCGGAUUCAUGCGUUGUGGCCUCUGUUCAAUCUCCCCUUCCGGAACCCCAGGAAGUCUCACUUGACGAUGUCUCGGUGAACGCUUCUCCCAGCGUCGAAAACCAUCCGGCGGAGGCAGCUGAACAAACCGAAGAGUCAGCAGCAGAGAUGUUCCGAUCCAAAGCGGCACCCUCGUCUGUGGGGCUGUGGACCUCCAAGCGGGAUGGCGUGGUCAAGCUACGGAUGGACGAAAGCGGGAUUGGGUGUGAGCCGCCCAUCACAGUCCACGAACUCUUCCUGAACACUGUGAACCAGUACGGGGACUUCUCUGCGUUGGCCUCGAAGAAGCACGGCAAAUGGACCAGGAUGACGUUCAGGCAGUACUACGAAGAAUGCAGGGUGGCAGCCAAAAGCUUCUUAAAGCUGGGUCUUGAUCGUUUCCACGGAGUCUGCAUCCUGGGGUUCAACUCGGCGGAAUGGUUCAUCGCCGACGUGGGGGCCAUUUUCGCAGGGGGCCUUGCGGUGGGCAUCUACACGACCAACUCUCCGGAAGCUUGCCAGUACGUAGCGGAGAACUGUGGGGCCAACAUAAUCGUGGUGGAGAAUGAAAAGCAGCUCCAGAAAAUCCAAGAGAUCCAAGGCAAACUGCCUCUCCUGAAAGCAAUCAUCAUGUAUGGCGAAGAAGUCAAGGAGAAAAAGCCAAAUCUCUACUCCUGGACUGAAUUCAUGGCGCUGGGCAGCACCGUCUCGGACGACCAGCUGGACAAAAUAAUUGCGUCUCAGAAGCCAAACCAGUGCUGCACCCUGAUCUACACCUCGGGGACGACGGGGCAGCCCAAGGGAGUCAUGCUAAGCCAUGACAAUAUCACGUGGACGGCCCGGGCAGGAGGGGAAUACGUCAACCUAAGCAAGGCCACGGAGCAGCAAGAGAUCGUGGUGAGCUACCUGCCCCUCAGUCACGUCGCCGCCCAGAUGAUUGACAUCUGGCUGCCAGUAACGUUCGGGAUACAGACGUACUUUGCACAGCCGGACGCGCUAAAGGGCACCUUGGUGGACACGCUGAAGGAAGUGAGGCCCACGGCUUUCAUGGGGGUCCCUCGGGUCUGGGAGAAGAUGCAGGAGAAGAUGAAAUCGGCCGGGGCGAAGUCCUCGGCGCUGAAGAGGCGGAUCGCCGCGUGGGCCAAGAUGGUCGGUCUGGAGACCAACCUGAAACUCCUCAAUGGGUCUACCGAUCUCCCGAUGAACUACCGCCUGGCCAGGACGCUCGUCUUCAAGAAGGUGCGGAAGGCCCUGGGAUUGGACCGCUGCACGAAGUGUUACACGGGGGCCGCCCCCAUCAUGAAGGACACCUUGGAGUAUUUCCUCAGCCUCGACAUUCCGAUCUACGAGCUGUACGGCAUGAGCGAAAGCACCGGGCCUCACACGGUUUCUUACAAGAAUGCGCACCGGUUGACAAGUUGCGGGAAAGAGAUCACGGGCUGCAAAACUAUGCUUUUCAAGCCGGACCACGAAGGCAUCGGGGAGGUCUGCUUUGCUGGGCGCCACGUAUUUAUGGGCUACCUAAAUAUGGAAGAGAAAACCAAAGAGGCGAUUGAUGACGAGGGCUGGCUGCAUUCCGGUGACCUCGGUAAACAUGACCUGGACGGCUUCCUCUAUAUCACUGGGAGAAUCAAAGAGCUGAUCAUCACGGCAGGCGGAGAAAACAUUCCCCCAGUCCCAAUCGAGGACGCCGUCAAAGAGGCCGUUCCCUUCCUGAGCAACGUCAUGCUGGUGGGCGACAAGGCCAAAUUCCUUGGGAUGCUCAUGACACUCAAGUGCAACGUGAACAUGGAUACGGGAGAGCCAGAAGACGAGCUCACGCCUGACGUCAUUGACUUCUUUCACAAGCUGGGUGCUAAAGGCACCAAAGUCUCCGACAUCAUAAAACGCAAAGAUCAGGUCGUGUUUGCUGCCAUCCAGAAAGGGGUCACCUCCGUCAACGAACAGGCGACUUCGAACGCCCAGAAGAUCCAGAAAUGGAUCCUCCUCGACAAGGAUUUUUCCAUCAGCGGCGGCGAACUGGGCCCCACCAUGAAACUCAAGCGGCCUGUGGUGGUCAAGAUGUACCAAGAGCAGAUAGACCAACUUUACUCGGAAACAAUCGACAAAUAACCACGGAAUUGCUGCUCAAACUCCGGUCUGCCUCUAUUAGAAGUCCAGCCUUGGCUCUUCUCCGCUGUCUUUUGUAAAUGCGACCCUGUUUUUGCACGGAUUCUCUUGCCCAGAGAGAAACACCGCCUCUUUUUUUUCUUUUCCUCCCUUGAUAAACGAGGUUUCAAUAAAGGCAGCUCCCUGAACUCAGCUGUCCUUUACUUCUCUCCGCCCAGCCCCUCUCUGUGUUUGCUUUGCAACACCUUGACAGCAUUUCUGCCAUCCAUGCUCCGUGUUUCUCUUUCUCCAUCUCCCCCGGGGCUGGUUUUGGAUAACCUGCCAGGAACUGCCCUUCUGGUAGUGCAAAUUGCCGGACGCUUGUCAUUUUCGUGGCUGAAGAUGGUUGCAAGAAUAUCUCGCCUUUUCCGCCAGCGUCUGUAUCCUCUUGCCCUCUCUCACCUGAUCCUUCCCAAAUGAAUGUACUGAGGACUUGAUUCCAUAAUUAAGGGAUUUCUCUCUUUCUGUGUGUGUGUCGUUGUACAAACCACACACUUCUCCCUCUGUGUUACAGGAUGCUGUUCUAGCCAACCACCUGAGGAUGCCGCCCAUGUACUUGGAAUAUUUUAUGGAUGUGGCUUCCUUUUGUCAGUCUGUGCCGUGUUGUAGCCUUUUAACAGAGCACUACACACCCACUCACCCCACCCACUCAAAGCAGUCCACAGGUGACAGCGGUCAACUUUGCACGUGCGGUGGAACGCUCUUGGAUAAAAGGAAAUCCAGCACAGUCACCAAACUCUUUUCUCACUCCCCCGCCCCCUUUUACAGCGAGGUUGUUCUUGGGGUCUCCGCUUCACACGUGACAAGACUCACAUUCGGGUAUGUGUCGCCGCUUUUCGAGGAAUCAUAGACGGCUCCUUGAUCCACAAACAUUUCUCCUGGCCCUGAUGGUGUCAAGUCCAGCCCUCCCGGUGACUAGUUUUGACAUCUCCUCGGCCACUAAGACAACGUCGAUAGCAGCCUUUGGGUGCAUACGGCAUUUCCCCUCCUCCCCUGUGGGAAAUGCAAGCAGCAUAACCUAAAAUUAUGUGCCCUGGUGCUACAAGCAUUUCUAGAACAUAGGCAGAGAAUGAGUCAGCUUCCUGAAUAAUUUUUUUUAGCUGUUCUAGCUAAAAGCGUGAUGCUGUUUUUCCCUGCUUCAGUUAUGUUUUUUGGGGUUGUUUGCCUGCAUUGGCUAGCUCUAUUGUAAAUGCAAGACCUAUCUCCAGUUAAAGUUUCAGGGAGUUGCAUGGUUUGUUCCCCUGCUUUUACUCCCUCUCUCUCUCCCCCCCCCCCCCACAUACUAUUUAUAUCAAUCUACCCCCUAUUUAUAUGAAUUUACAGCAAUUGCUACCGGCAUGUACAAACAACAAAAACGUAGAGCUAUCCAAAGAGACGAAGAAUGUGCUUUGGUGUCCCAUUUGAGCUGAGAAGUUAUUGGCGUGCAUGAUUUCGACACUGACCUGGUUCACAUGUAACGACAACCCCGAGUAUGGCUUGUCCGUCGAAUCGUGGGUUGUGGCUGAAUCAUGGGUUAUCGUUACCUGUGAACCCUGCAGUAUGUUUUAAUUAUGGGUUUUAACCACAAAGAACCCAUGGUUGGUCUGUCGGGUUGUAAACUCUGGAUUGUUCAUGGUUAACAUGCUGCAGGGUUCACACAUGAGGACAACCCACGAGAGUAUGACAACUCAUACUCUCGGUAAUGGUUACAUGCGAACCACAUCUCUUGUGUGUUUCAAAGCGGAGUGAGGGGGAGGCGUUGGGCAAACUGGACUGUAAUACUGGAUCUUUGAUGGUUUUGGAUGUAAUACAAUCAUGGAAAGGUAAUUAUUUAAUCUCAUUUUUUUUUAAAAAAAAAAGCUCUAAAAGGCACAAUCAAUAUAGGACAAAGUUAAUGCGCUCUUAUUCUGCUUUGCUAGAAAGAGUGUUAAAUAAAUGUCAUGAACAGCU